AUGAUGACUGAUGAGUCAUCAGAAGGGCAAAUCGGGUGUGGGCCACUCUAUCUUCCUCUGCAUCUGCAGUUUGAAGCAAUUUAUGUUUGGGGUUUCUUUUGAAUUUUGAUGAUGCUUUAAAUCUUCCAUUGCAACUCCCCUCCAUCUCUUCUCUCCAUGAAGAUUUUUAGGUAUGUUUAUUGUCGUGAUUUGUGCACCGUUUCAAUCUGAGUUGAGUUGCUGCAAAGGUCUUAGCUGAUCUGUGCCAAACAUGUCCACUAUGGAAAAUCGUGGUGAUUUUGUACAACGGAUUGGAGCCGACAUGUCAAUUGAGGUCUUCUUGCAUUUGGACGACCCUUCUGAUCUUGCCCGUGUUUGUUCUGUUUCCAGUUCUUGGCGCUAUUUUGUGAUUGCAAAUGGCCUUUUUAAGAAGCUUUGCUUGAAAUUGUUGCCUGAAAUGAAUAGUGUUGCUCAUUUCAUUGAAGUAAACAAUAUGAUUGAACCUGUAAGAGUUGGACAGAGUGAUUGCAUGGAAUGGGAGUGCCUUAAAAGAAAUCAUAGAGUCUAUGCUCAAUUGGCUCGAGGUCUUACACCUAUCUUGCAAAAUGAUUGCAUAUCAGAAGCUAUUAGUGCGUCCAGCACUGAUAACUACCCUGAAGAAAGCAUCUGGAACACUUUGGAGCCAAAUGAUAAAGUUGGACAUGGAGCUUCAUAUUGGUCAAGUAAAGGGCAAAGUAACCCUACUGUUCCUGAAGCAUUAGUGUACAAGUUUAUAGCUAAUUUAUGUCUCAUAACUGAAAUCCAUAUUCAACCAUUCCAAGCAUACUUCCAGUAUGGCUUCCCUAUAUAUUCAUCUAAGGCUGUCCGAUUUAGACUGGGUCAUCAUAAGUUUCCACUGCAGUUGGAGAAUAAUGUCACAGUUAAUUCUGCUUUCAAUCACAAUUCAAUGGAUGACAAGUUUAUUUGGACAUAUACUUCACCAGAAUUUCCAAUGGCUCAGGAAAACUGCUUGCAAAAGUUCAAGCUACCAGAACCGGUUCUUUGUAUCGGAGGAAUUUUGCAAGUUGAGCUACUGGGAAGAGUUCAGAGACAAGAAAUGGAUGGAUUAUAUUAUAUAUGUAUAUCCCAUGUUCAGGCGGUGGGACGACCCCUUUCACACCCAUUUGAUGUGGAAAUACUUGAUCCCACAGGAAAGUGCACCUUAAAGUAUAGCCCUCUCAGAGAAUCCCGUGGAUCACAUAAAGGAGAGACAUGUGCAACUUCUCGCUUGCAAAUGUUGACUGUGAGAUUAAUGGAGAGAGGCGUAAGGGGAUGGGAAAAUAUGAUUCUCAAUACACUGCUUGGCACUGGGCCAGUGGCUGAAGAGGAUGAGUCAGAUGAUCUUUUAGAGGAUGACUCGGACGAUGAGCUGUUGACAUAAGCUUUAAAAUUUUUGUUUGCAGUUCGUGUUCCCAUUUACCCCUUCUGCUGCACUAAGAUCAAUUGUGCAAAUGGGUAAUGUGGAAAGCCAUAAACUAGUGUCAUCGACAAGUAGGAGGGGACAUUUCUAUUUGUUUUAACAUUUUUAUGAUAUGGUGAUGUGUGACCAACUUAUUAUUUAGUUAAUGAUAUAUCAUUGAAGUUUCCUUUGUUA